AUGGCGUAUGUGACACAAAUGACAUCCAUAAUUGUCUACGUUGUGUUUCAUUUGAUCAGCAGUCUUUUUAUUUGCACUAGAGCAGACGUAAUAAGUGAGUGCGCCAACGCCACUAGUUGUAUUGGAACCUAUGCUGACAUCUACAAAUCCUUAGCAUCAGAUGUGAACAGUUUUAACAUCAAAUCCGCCUUAUAUCCGGCAAAUGAGCCUUCCUCAGUUCUAAUCUUCUUCAAUAUAUAUGGUCAGAAUGGACCAGAUAAAACAGGCAACGAUUCCAUGCCUGCUGUAAUGAAAUACAUAUGGAGUUUGAGAAGCCUUUAUGCUGCUUUUCCCGCUGUUUUCCUGGAGAUCUCAUCCCUCUUCUCGAUACUGCUGACUCCACGCACGCAAGAACUAAACAUCACAAUUCCAUUCUUUUGCUGCAAUGUUUCUGUAAAAGACAGGAAAAGAAUGAUUAAAACUGUACUGGCUGCCGUAAGUAUUUCAAUUAGCUAUUUAUAUUAGCACACAAAGUCCCAUUCACGAAUUCAAGAUGUUAGCGCAAUACUCAACGAGUUUGCUUAGAAAUUCCGAAAGGUUUCCAUCCCAGAUAUGAAGACUACUGGUCGUUCUUACUUCAGGGUAGUUUUGUGGUUUUCUUUCCUGUGUCCCGUGUUUUUUCCAUUUUUAUAGUUUUGGGUCUCACAAUACUUAAAAGAUGACACUCAAUGUACAUCGCUCUCAGUGGGUAACGAUGAAAAUCGUGGUAAGGUAGAUUAUGUUUGUCGUAGAAACGAAGAACCACUGAUACGUUCAGUAACUUUAUUUUGUUGUUUCCUGUUGCUGAAAGAGGUCAUGUUUGUUUUAGCUAGAGUGUGGACAUCCACCGAAAUUUCAAAAAGGGGAAAUAUGUUGCGAGACUUAAUUGUGCUCCUUGCACUUAUACCAGAAUGGUUAGUGAUAUGCUAUUGUAACUGCCUUUUUUGUGAAGAUUUGGAUAUUACUUCAUUUUUGAGCAGAUUACUGCUUAUUAUGUGCACGAGCUUGGUUAGUUACCAUUUAAGCUGGGUUGUAGUGGGUAUCCUGGUUAAUCCAGCUUGGGGCGUUUCUAUUUUGCUGAUACUUUCCUUUAUUUGCAUUACCUUAUUUUUUUAAUCAAUGAAACAACCCACGCAAAUGACUACCGCCUUUCUACCCUUUUCGCAUAUAUACUUGGUUUCUUAGUCUCUGCUUUGUUGUAGUCCCUCCAGUAUUAGUUGGACAGUCAUUUUAUGGUCGCGAAACUGCAGAUGAUAUUCUAAAAGCAGCGUUAUUGUCUGUUAUCGGUGCUGUGUCAUGGCUGUACUUCAAAUCCCGCAAAGCUUCCUUUGAUACUUCACAGUGUGUGGAGGCUGGUAAGGAAGUAGCAGCUGCAGCGAGGGCUCUGGCCGUAAAAAAAUCUGUACCUCAGCGUAAUGGGAAUGAGGUUCAUUCUGCAAUUGUGGCAGCAGCUAUAGCUACAUCCUCUGCAGCUGGUGCAGCUACGGCGGCGGCUGAAGCUAUGGCUGUUGCUUUGGCUGCAGCCAAGACUGAAAAUUCAAAACCUAAAGCCGCGCAAGGUGGAAACGAAAAUAGCACCCCAAAUGGAAAUGGACUAAGCGAGGAGAAGCAUCCCCUAUACGAAAUCCAAAGUGCCUCCGGACGUUAA